AGGAGGCCAUUCUCCUGGACGAGGUGGUCGUGCUGGUCCAUCCCUGACAUCUGAACUGUUAGAGGAAGGUACAACAUCGGUCCAAAAAAGUUCGACAACGGCGACCACUUUCAUUAGUCAAAACACUAGGAGGACACGAACAGGGAGUGGAGGCGGGACCACCACUGGGACAUCAGCAUCAGGGUCAGCAGGGACAGGUGAACAAAGCAACUUCGACCUCUCAUCCUUAGGUCUGAAAGGAUCGUACUCUUCCCUUGAACGCUACAGCGAAACAGACCUACGAGAACUCGCUCUCUAUGCUCAUAGCUUUGGAAUCAGCAUUAUCCCGGAAAUAGACGUGCCUGGUCACGCAGCAGCAAUGUACAAGUCGCAUCCGGAACUUUUUGCCUGCGAACCGACUGACGACUUCGCGAGUCUGGUGCCGUAUCCCUUCAGCAACUUGGCACUGAAUCCCCUGGACGAUCGGGUGUACGACUUUCUGAGUGUGUUGUUUGCCAGGGUGGCGAAGAUUUUUGACGUUGAUGGAGGUCUUCUUGAGCGAGAUAUUGAAGACAAUGAUCUUGCUUCUAGUAGUAUUAGAAGUACUCCGAAGUUCCUAUUUCACACUGGCAGUGAUGAAGUGCCCACAGGGUGCUGGAAACGCUUAGUCGGCCAAGAAUAUCCAAAAACGGAAUUCGAAGACUAUAGUACAAGAAAAGUGCGCUCUACAGUUGAGAUGUUCGACUACUUUACAGCAAGAGUCGCAUCGAUCCUAGAAAAGCAAAACCGAAGACCAAUGUACUGGGAUGAAGCGGUGAACCACCAGAAUACGAAGGUUAGUUUGCAGAAUUAUGGCGACGAAAAGGGAAGCAGUAGCAGCAGCAAACUAGUAAAUCAUGACGUUGAUGAUCUUCACAGCAAGAUCAACAUGGACGAACUAAAAAAUCUUCUACUCUCCCUCCCCGUCCACCACUCUAAUCUGCUCCCGUCGUCCAAGUCUGGAACGGCGGUCGCUCUGCCGUACCCAUUCUGGAACGUGGCUUCGAUGUGGUGCUUUCGAGCUCUGAUGUGUGGUACCUUGAUCAUUUGGACACGCGAUUUGAGGACAUUUAUCGAGGCCCUAAGGAGAUUUUUGGAGGGCAUGUUAUGAGGAUGUAAAUGAUUAGAAAACGUUAUAAGUACUAACAGGUGUUAUGAACUCGUUGAUGAUUAGAAAACAUUAACAUUAAGCACGGGUGUAGGUGACUUGGUGACUUGUUGAACUUGAAGAGACAAGUUUGCUUCCCUUUUGUUAUCUCGUCAGUGAGCAUGUUGACGUUCAUCUUCAUGAUCUAGUACGUAGAGCUAGUUUCAUGAUAUAAUUGGAACAUCAUCAACUUUAACAUCAACAUUUUAUGUUGCUCCCCUGCAUCAUUCAUCCUUCCCGAAGACGAAGCUGGAGAAGGCGUCGGCAAAAUUCUUGGGGGAGAAGCACCUAUGUGGACUGAAAGGGUCGAUGGGUCGAAUCUUUUUGUCAAGGUGCUUCCUAAUCUCGCCUUAGUAGCCGAAAGACUGUGGAGCCCACUGGAAAAAACGCGUGAUUACAGUGCAGCACGACCAAGAUUACAGUUCUUGAGAUGCUUUUUAGCGGAUUUUUUUGAUUUAUGGGAAGGUAUUGGGGGUACUGUACUUUGUCCUUGCAGAUCGAUGCCUGAUAGCUUUUUUUUUUUUAAUUCUGAUCUCGUCUAAUCCUCGGUCCCAGCUUAGUCAGUUUGCCACUAGAGGGAGCAGUAAGUCAGCAUGCAUUAGGCGGCAGAAGUACUGGGCCACCUGGGCCAGGCAGUUGUUUCCAGAUGCCAGAACUAGAGGAGCAAGCGGCUGUACGAACUAAAACACUCGCACAGGCUUUUGAAGAAUUUCAUGGUGGGAAGGGAUACGUCGCUCCUAGUACUGAAGGACGAGGAGUUGACAACUCGAUCGGAGGAGCACAUGGAGGUGACAAACAUGAAACUGAUCAACAAGGACAGCUGUACGUAGCAUCGGUUCUUCCAGUGUUGAGUAGGGACAGGAGAAGUGAUACUCCACCUGGGACGAUCAGCGCGGCGAGCAGUUCUAGUACAACGAGAGGAACAAGUGCUGGAACAGCUGAGUCUGGCACUUCUGGAGAGCAGGUAGGUUUCUUCACCGGGUGGACACUUUUACAACGCAUUCAAUUCUACCUCUCCAUAGCAGCCACUGUCUUCGUUGCCGCUUUAUUCGGCUUCCUAAUCGGACGAUAUACGUCGGUCUUUGGACGUGCCAGUGUUUUGGCGUUGAAAAGGGGUGGACAACAGCACCAGCAGUUAUUGGUGGCCCAAGGUGGAACUACCUCUGGAAAUGCAGUCUACUCGUCAAGAAGCUCUUCUAAUGCCAGAGGUAUCCUGAUGCAACAGUUUCUAGAUCAGGACGUAGGCGACGCGUCAUGCUUGCGCGAUGAUCUCGAAGCAGAUGAAAGAGGGGCUUUGUUUUUAUGAACAAAGAUUGCUCAGCACGAUUAUGAGAAAGACAUCAAGAACACUCUAACUCUUGACACAUUAUCUUCACCACUUAAAUCUCUAUUGUGGUACCGAUACUACAUUGAAUUCACCACGGAAACGAAGACGACCCUACAUAUUACACGCCCUGGUGCUCUUCUAAUCAUCCAGCGUCCUCGAAGCGACUUCGAUGGCGGAGGAGCCGGAGAAAAUCCAUAUAUUUUCUAUGAUCACGACAACUAUGGUUCCAAACGAAGCCGUAUCAUCUGAACAACUUCUACUUAGGUCGUCGCUCGCGUAGACGACUUGAAACACAGACACGACACAUGUUGAACAAGUAGACAUAGGUUUUUGCUAUUGCUAUCGUCCCCCCUGAUGUUUUUUCUACCAAAAGAAAAAAAAUUCAAAUUGCU